AUGGCGAGCCGGGGCCUCGUGUUGCGAGCGACCUCCCUCCUCUUGUGCUUGCUGAUGACUCCUGGACUCGCUUGGCGCGGCCUAGCUCUCGUCGGGCGAGCCGCGCGGCCGCGCACUUCGCGGCUGGCGGCGAGCGCGCGCCGCACGUGGGCGAUAGCCGAGGACGGCAGGUGGGUCUCCAGCGCCGCGGCCACGGCGAGGGGUGCGAACGACGUCGGGUGGAGCGGGCUAUCGCGCGAGGCACGCGCCUCCAGUGACGCCUCCAGCGAGGAGGUCGGCGUGCACGAGGUGAGCGACGCCGCCGAGGCGCGCCGCGUCGCCGCCCUCCUGUGUGCUCGCGACGAGCUGAUCCACGCCUGCGACACCGAGGUGGCGGACCUCGACCUCGGCCGCUCGCCGCUCGGGCAGGGGAGGGUGCUCUGCAUCACCGUCUACUCGGGGCCCGACCUGGACGUCGGCUCGGGGCCCGGGAAGGCCCUCUUCGUCGACACGACCGAGCCGGGCGUGCUCGAGGCCUUCAAGCCCUGGCUUGAGCGUGAGUCUGCGCUCAAGGUCUGGCACAACUAUGGCUUUGACAGGCACGUGCUGUACAACCACGGCGUCGACGUCGUCGGCUUCGGAGGCGACACGAUGCACAUGGCGCGGCUGUGGGACGCGUCCCGCCUCGCGGGCUACUCGCUCGCCGCGCUGACCGAAGAGCUGGUCGGCCGGGCAAAGGCGUCCCCGCUGACGCGGCCGGACUGGGUGCAGUACGCCGUGUACGACGCCAAGGGCGCGCCGCCGCUCGAGCGGCAGGCGCGCCUCUCGCGCAUGGAGUGGCUGCGCACUCGCUCGCUCUUCGACUUUUACACCGAGUAUUGGCGGCCGUUCGGCGAGCUCGGAGCCGUCUCUGCGCCUCUCCCCCUCCCAGGCGAGCUGCUCACCGACAUGGAGCGCGCCGGAGUGAUGGUGGACGUGCGGUCCAAGCUGCCGCUGGCGCAGACGCGCGCCCAGGCCGACCGCGACGCGGCGGAGCUGACGUUUCGCAAGUGGGCGGCGAGGUACACUGAGGCAGCGUGGUACAUGAACGUCGGCUCGGGCACGCAGGUGCAGACCCUGCUCUUCGGCGGCGCGACAAGGCGAAAUUCGGCCGAGGUGUCCGAGCUCAAGGAGGAGCUCGACGCGCGCGGCGUCUCUCGCAAGGGGCUCCGGCUCAAGGCGGACUUGCGGCAGAGGCUCAGCGAGGCGGUGUCGACCAGCGAGGCGGGCGUCAUCGUGGACAGCGGCCGGAAGGAGGUCGAGUUCGAGCUCUCCUCCCUCCAGCUCGAGCACGCUAAGACCACCAAGAGCGGCUGGCCGGCGACAGACGCGGCCGCACUGCGCGAGCUGGCGGGCAGGCCGUCCGAGGACCCUCCCGUGUUCGGGUCGGCGUAUGGUGCGUUCGGCGGGGGCGAGGUCGGCGAGGAGGCGUGCCGUGCGCUCGAGGCGCUCUGCCAGAUGGGCGCCAUCGACACGAUGCUCUCCAACUUCAUCCUUCCGCUGCAAGACUUGGCCGACGGCACGUCGCGCAUCCACUGCUCGCUCAACCUCAACACCGAGACCGGCCGCCUGUCGAGCCGCACCCCCAACCUGCAGAACCAGCCUGCGCUCGAGAAAGACAAGUACCUCAUCCGAGACGCCUUCGUCGCCGCCCCCGGCAAGGCCCUCGUCGUCGCAGACUACGGCCAGCUCGAGCUGCGGCUGCUCGCACACAUGACGGCGUGCACCUCGAUGGUCGAGGCCUUCAAGCUCGGGGGCGACUUCCACUCGCGCACCGCGAUGGGGAUGUUCGACCACGUUCGCCGCGCCGUGGAGGACGGCACCUGCCUGCUCGACUGGGACUACUCGCAGGGCGAGCCUCCCGCGCCGCUGCUCAAGGACCUCUUUGGGUCGGAGCGGAGGCGCGCGAAGACGCUCAACUUCUCGAUCGCGUACGGCAAGACGGCGCACGGCUUGUCCAAGGACUGGGGCGUCUCGAUCGACGAGGCGAAGGAGAUGCUGCGCGCCUGGUACGCGGACCGGCCCGAGGUGCUGCAGUGGCAGAAGGACACCAUCGCGUCGGCGCGAGCGACGGGCGCCACGCGCACCCUCCUCGGCCGCUACCGCACGCUGCCCGGCAUCCAGGGGCGGAACGGCGCCGUGCGCGCGCACAUGGAGCGAGCCGCGAUCAACACGCCCAUCCAGGGCGGCGCGGCGGACAUCAUGACGCUCGCAAUGAUCAAGCUGCAGCGGUCCGAGAAGCUGCGCGAGAUGGGCUUCCGCAACCUGCUGCAGGUGCACGACGAGGUGAUGUUCGAGGGGCCGGCGGAGCUCGCGGACGAGGCGCGCGCCGAGGUGGUGGCGUGCAUGGAGCGGCCCUUCGACGAGAACUUGCCUUCGCUGCUCGUCGAUCUGGUCGUUGACGCAAACACAGCCUCCACGUGGUACGAGGCCAAGUGA